AUGAAGCACCAAGCUGACAAACACCGCCGUGACAUACACUUUGCUGUCGGAGAUCAGGUGUUGGUCAAGCUCCAACCUUACAAGCAGAAAUCGGUCAGAAAUCAGUCCUAUUCUAAACUCCGUCGCAGGUAUUAUGGCCCGUUCUUGGUGACUGAAAGAAUCGGCCAGGUUGCCUAUCGACUUCAGCUUCCAGAUGGCUCAAGGAUCCACCCGGUGUUUCACGUUUCCUUGCUGAAGGCUUUCCGGAAGAACCUCGCACUUCACCCACAACCACUUCCAACAGUAACUUGGGAGAACCAUCCGAUGACCGAUCCACUCGCUAUAGUGCGCUCUCGGACCAUUUCCAACGAAAAAGGGACGGACUUGCAGGUCCUUGUUCAGUGGCGUGGCUUGCCGUUGGAAGACGCCUCCUGGAUGUCCGCAUCAGAGUUUUGCCAAGCUUUUCCCCAAUUUAAUCUUGAGGACAAGAUUGAUUCUUUAAGGGCGGAGGAAAUUGAUAGGGACCUGGAACCUCGAACCGUAGAGGAGGUGGCGGAUCCACAACCACGAGACAGCUAA